AUGAAACCAUUUCCUUUCACUACCACAGCUUCCGAAGAAGAAAAGAACUUCAACUACGCACUUUCGAAAUGUCGAAGAGUUGUUGAAAACUGUUUCGGACACCUUAAAGCAAGAUUUAGGAGAAUCGGAAAGGGUCUUGAUAACCGAAUCGAUAACAGCAUCUUGAUUAUUAAAGCAUGCUGUGUCUUACAUAAUUUUCUGAAUGUUAAUAAUGAUGAAAUCAACAUCCAAUGGUUGCAAAAUGCAAACAAUAAUUCGCAUAGAGAGCAACCGGAACAAUCAACACAGGUAGAUGAUGCCAGAAAUACACCUUCCAUUAUCCGAAAUGCCAUCAAAAUGCAAUUAGCCCGGGGCCUUGACGGAGUAGCCCGCGAUGAACAAGAUGCAGACUCGGCCGACGGAGUUUCUACAUCUUCUUCGUACUGGGAUGAGGAGUACCUCCUAGAGUCACCAGAAACCGCAAAUGCAUCUAAUGAUGUCUCUUCUGAAAUUUAAAAUAAAUAUGUACAUAGUAAAACUUCA